CAGGCUCGCUAGAGCUCGUCUCUCGCUGGCCUCAUUCAUCUCGUCCUCUGUUUCUUAAACCUUUUCCCUUCUCUCGGACUCUCUCAUCCCUUGCUCUUCCUUCCCUGGCGGCGACGACUGGGCGAGCGGCUGCGCCAUUUGUCCUGUCUUCGCCCAGCCCUUUGCCGGCGACGAGCGCAUCCUCCAGGACACUUAAAUCUUCAUUCUGUAGCCAUGGCUCACGCUAAAAAGGCCAAGGUGAAACAUACAGUUGAUUUGAGUUCAUCCACAAUUAGCAGCCUACCUCAAGAGAUAAAGGCCAAAAUUCUCUCCAACCUGAGCAUACAUAUGGCUGUUAGGGCUAGUGUCCUAUCAAGCGAUUGGAGGAAUUUAUGGACUAUUAUGCCAGACAUAUUUCUGUGUGAUAGCAAGUUUUGUUCCGUCUGUCCUUCAAGUGAUUCUUCUGAAGCCUUUUAUAUAAGUGGACGAUCCAAGUUUGUUACAUUGGUUGAUUUGGCACUAUCACUCCACAAGGGGACUCUAGAUACAUUUCAGAUUCAUGGGGCACAGAGCUACCAUGAUGUGUUCGCGAGGUGGAUGUACAUGCUUUCAACAAAAAGACCAGGAGCUAUUACAAUCAAGCUGACAUCUGGCCCACAGUAUAAGAUUCCAUCAAGCCUCUUCUCUAUCAGUCAUCUGUACCUUCUGUACCUAAAAAACUGCAGCAUUAGCUUGCCAAAGAAGUUUGAAGGUUUCAGGUUGCUGAGAGUCCUAAAACUGAAAGUUUUCUCAACGACAGAUAGUGACAUCAGUAAUCUGAUCUCCUCCUGCCCCCUGUUAGAUGUGGUGCGUCUGAAAUACUUUGAGGGCAUCAGCUGCCUCAGCAUUCAAUCUCAGACACUGGAAAUACUAGAGGUUGAAGGGAACUUUGAAGAUAUCCACGUUGAUGCCCCUAAUCUUCUCCACAUGUAUCUUACACUCUCCAACACUGAAGACCACCAAUCUGUUCCAGUCCAGGGUGACAGGAAAAGCUAUCUCAAGCAAACUUUUGGUAGCCUGACUCAUAUCACUACACUUAGUGUUAGUGGUUCUUUCUUGACGUAUUUAUCCAAAGGGUGCAUGCUGACAGAAGUGCCUGGUGUAUUUGAUCAUCUUGAGACAGUUCAUAUGGAGAGAUGCUUGUGGAAGUGGACCGAGGUUUUGGCUUCUUGUUCAUUAUUUCAGAAAGCUCUGCUCUUAAGUGAACUUGAGAUAUUUAGUUAUCCUUGCCCUGAAGCAUUCACACGCAAGGGAAUCUGGGAUCAGGAUGAGACGGAGAUUCAAGCACCUAAACUGGAUAAUCUUGUUACUAUUACCCUCAAUGAUUUCAGGGGUUUAGACUGCGAGGUUGCUUUUCUAGGGUUACUACUGAGCUGGGCUCCAGCUUUAGAAGAACUGAAAAUAAACAUUCCUGAAGGUACGUCAGAUCAUUGUGCCUUCAGGGCUACUAAGAAGCUGUUGGCUCUCCCCAGGGCCUCUACCAAAGCCAAGAUCAUCGUUACCUGAUUACUGCUGUUUUGUGUUGCAUCCUCCUGCCGUUGCACAUGUUAUGAUUUUGUCACUAUUGUUACUAGUCGGUGUACUCUAUAACUGUAUGUGGGGAGCGCCUCUUGCCAAUGGCAGUUAUGAUUUCCUUUUGUUGAGACUGGAGCUAUAUGGUUGGGGUACUGUUAUGUCACCAGCAUUAUGCCCUGCAUUUCUGUACUAGUUUCAAGAUGUGAUUUUACUGCAGCCGUGGCGGGACCGUGAUGUUAGCUUAGGUCGGUCUCAGUGGGGUGUGUUAUCGCACGGGUGCUAAGACUGUAAACUAGGUAACUGAGCUGGAGGUGUCAUGGUGAUGACACUCCUUUUGUAUCCUAUGACACUCAACAUUCUCCCUCUUGUGCUAUGUCAGUAAAUUUAAAUGCUCAUGAUAAUCCCAUUGAGAUUGGUCUUA